CCCGAGGUGGGAGCGCGGCCCUGCGAGGGGAGUAACCUGUGGCUGAGUCGAGGUGGAGUCAGGGGCGGGAUGGCGCACCGAGGAGCGCGCUCUUCUGCUCUGUUUAGAGCUUCGCCGGCGGCCGGGGAUACCAAGAUGUCUGGACUGCAAGCCUGCACUGAUUUGAGAGGGAGAUGACUUGAGUGACCAGCUUCUAUCUCCACAACAAUGUCCAUGAACAAUUCCAAACAAUCAGUGUUUCCUGCAGCUGGACUCCUUUCAAACACAACCUGCCAGACGGAAAAUCGGCUUUCGGUAUUUUUUUCAAUAAUCUUCAUGACAGUGGGAAUCUUAUCAAACAGCCUGGCCAUUGCCAUUCUCAUGAAGGCGUACCAGCGAUUUAGACAGAAGUCCAAGGCAUCAUUUCUACUUUUGGCUAGUGGCCUGGUGAUCACAGACUUCUUUGGCCAUCUUAUCAAUGGAGCUCUAGCAGUAUUUGUAUAUGCUUCUAAUAAAGACUGGAUCCGCUUUGACCAAUCAAAUGUCCUUUGCAGUAUUUUUGGUAUCUCCAUGGUAUUCUCUGGUCUGUGCCCACUUUUUCUAGGCAGUGUGAUGGCCAUUGAGCGAUGUAUUGGAGUCACUAAACCAAUAUUUCAUUCUACGAAAAUUACAUCUAAACAUGUGAAAAUGGUGUUGAGUGGAGUGUGCUUAUUUGCUAUCUUUAUAGCUUUGCUGCCCAUCCUUGGGCUUCGAGACUAUACGAUUCAAGCGUCGAGGACCUGGUGUUUCUACAAAACAGAACACGUCGAAGACUGGGAAGAUAGAUUUUAUCUUCUACUUUUUUCUUUUCUGGGGCUCUUAGCCCUUGGUGUUUCAUUCUUGUGCAAUGCCAUCACGGGAAUUACAUUGUUAAAAGUCAAAUAUAAAAGUCAGCAGCACAGACAAGGCAGGUCUCAUCAUUUCGAAAUGGUCAUCCAGCUCCUGGCUAUCAUGUGUGUCUCCUGCAUUUGCUGGAGUCCGUUUCUGGUGACAAUGGCCAACAUUGGAAUUAAUGGAAAUCGCUCUUCGGAGACCUGUGAAACAACAAUUUUUGCUCUCCGGAUGGCUACAUGGAAUCAGAUCUUAGAUCCUUGGGUAUAUAUUCUUCUGCGGAAGGCUGUCCUUAAGAAUCUCUACAAGAUUGCCAGACGCUGCUGUGGAGUGCAUGUCAUCAGCUUACAUAUUUGGGAGCUUAGCUCCCUUAAAAGUUCCUUAAAGGUUGCUGCUAUUUCUGAGUCACCACUUGCAGAGAAAGUAAAUCAGCAAGAACCUAGUUUAAUAGGACAGUGAGUCAGUGGAGGUCUAGGACAAAACUACGGAAAGUAUUGGCAAUGUUUCAGUUAAUUGGAUUUAUAUAUAUAUAGCCCAACUGGAAAAUUCAGACCUCAGCAUGUAGUUUGGGGGCACUUUUGCCAGAUUUGGCUGUUCAAAUUUGUUAAAUUAACUGGAUAAUUGCAUAUUUCCACUUGCUUUGUGUCUACCAGAGGCGUAUCUAAGGCAAGACAUGUAGGGUGCAUGCCCUGGGCUCUGCUUAGGCGAGAGGGGAUAAGCAGUUUCUGUUGGCCAUCACAGUUUCCAUCUUCAGCUGUGAGAGAUGAUUCAGCAAUUUAACACUAAUUGCUGUAGGCGCUAUUUUCCGUAGAUACACCACUGGUGUCAACUGGACAUAAACAUGACAUGAUUCCAUGAGAGUUAAAUCAGAAAAAAAAUUGAGCUUCUCUGUGUUGUUUGUGAACUUAUCUGUGCUUUUGGAACGAGGGCAUCUGAGGCCUAAAGCAUUUACUUGGUCUGUUUGCCAGAGAACAUCUUGAUGCUACCUGUACAUUGAAAUGGCCACUUUGGGAUCUCCGCUUUGUAGCUGUUCCUUAUAGAUCAGGUACAAUGAAAUUUUUCAUCUGGUCUGUUUUACCCCUCAUUGUGUAGCCUCAAUCGAUACAUGCAUAGUCACAUCACGUGGGAUUCACUGUGGCUUAACCUUGCAAGCCUGUUUAGAGUUAGCCCAUCCUUGUUAUGUUUGACAAUUAAAUUAUGACUGCCUGCAUUUAUUAUUAUGUAGGUAAAUUAUUGUUUGGGAGUGCCUGGGUGGUGUAAAUGGUUAAGUGCUCAACUACUAGCUGAAAGAUUGGUGGUUCGAACCCACCCAGAGGCACCUUGGAAGACAGCCUUAAUGAUCUGCUUCGAAAAGGUCACAGCCUUGAAAACCCUGUGGGGCAGUUCCAUUCUGCAACACAUGGGGUCACUAUAAGUCAGAAUAGACUUGGCAGCAACUAACAACAAAAGCGAAUUGUUGUUUGAAAGGUUUUUGGAAAGUCAUAGAUUUACACAGCUUUCAGAUAAUCCAUUUUUCCUCUGAAAAUUCUAAUGCACUGAUGCACAUUAAAUACUUUUUAGAGAAAUGAACGCUCUAACUCAGCACAUACGCAGAUGACUUGCAUUAUAGCAGCUCCUAAAGCUCUACCAUCUGUAAUGGAUAAUGCAAACAAACAGAACCUGAACUCAAGUGUCAAGUGCAAAGAAUAAUGGCAAAAGGCAUUUUAUCUUCAGCUGUCACUUCUGUGUCAGCGAACAAAAGAAACACAAUCUAUACAUAAUAUCCAAAGAAUGUCUGUGGCCUAGUGUCUUUCUUCCUGCUUUAUACACACAUACACAAACACACAAGGACAUCAGAAAUUUCCGUUGCUAGUGGGUUACUUAGAUCUGUAGGAUGGCCUCUUCUAAAGCCUGUCUUACCAGGGUCAAGGGGAGGAUUGAUAAUUAGCCAGGCAUUUGCGGAUCAUUAUUAUGGUUAAUCGGAGCCCUGGUGGUGGAGUGGUUAAGAGCUCGACUGCUAACCGAAAGAUCAGCAGUUCGAAUCCACCAUCCGCUCCUUGGAAACCCUGUGGGGCAGCUCUACUCUGUCCUGUAGGGUCACUGUGAAUCAGAAUCGACUUAACAGCAAUGGAUUUGGUUUUUUGGGUUAAUAUGGUUAAUCAGGUGACCAAAGGAUAAAAAUCUCUCCAAAUUUCCCGUUAAUAAUGCAAACUUUUUUUUUUUUUUCCACUUGUUUGUGUAGUUCAACACAGGGAAUUUUAGUAAUCAUUCAGAAUAUCCUGGGUCCAUUAGUGGGUAAGAUAGGUAGUUCUGCUGUUUAAUAGGAAAGUUCAUUAUUGUAUGAUUCCUUUGCUUUUGUUAAUUUGGGUCCAUUUUAAAACUAAUCUUCCUGUGAGACUGAUUCUAGAUUCUCCAAGAAAUUUGUGUAGUUCAAGUAGGCAUAAAUGACUAUGUUCUUAAAUUCCUGCUUGUAACUGGUAAUUUGCAUUUGUAGUUGUUACCUUUUGUGAAUUUCAGUAUAUUCUCAUGAAUAAAGCAAAAGAAAUUGAGCAAAUAACCUCACUGAAGAUUUAAAGAUAAUAACUUUGCCUGUGAAUUUAAAGAGGGGAAACACACACACACACACACACACACACAGAGGCACAUGAUAGUCUUAAUUUAAGACCAGUGAAUGAUUAAUCACACAAAUCUAGGUCGCUCUCAUGUGUAGAGCACGUAGAUGCUUGAAAAAUACUUGCCAAAUUUAAUUGUAGACAAGAGUUUCUUAGUGAAAAUGAAUAUAGAAUUAUAAAUUUUUGUGCAUUUGUAAUUUAAACUGACAGUUCUAGUUACAUAUUGAUUAUUGUGGGAUAUAUAUACAUAUAUAUAUAAUGCACAUAUGUGUGUGACUAUAUGUAUCCAGUGUACUUGCUUUAAAAAAAAGUCAUUGUAAUUUGUGUUUGCUGUUAUAUUACCUAAAUGUUGUCACGUGUUGCAAGAGCACUUAAAGCCCAGAAGAACAUUUAGAUGGUUCAGAAGAGAUAUUUAUUUCCCACAACUACUUAAGGGUGUUGAUGUCCCUGUAAAAUGAGCCACAAGGAAACAAAGCUCUGUCCUUUCUCUUUGUACUAAGUAGAAUGCUACAGCGAACAUUUCUGUGUAUAGCAACUGGAGAGAGACAUGAAGAAGAAACCCUCAUUCUGACGCUCCAGGCCUAUUCUUGAGGCUUCCAACCAGUUGGCAGCAUUGUUGCUCUGUUGCCAUGAUGUCACCGUGGCCAUAUGUAUCUGCACAUUGUGAGAUUGUGGCAUGACCACAUGUGUGAACACAUGAGUAUGAAGGGUUUGGGGAGUAAUAGGGGAGUCACUCUGUAUCCUGAAAGGGAUAUUAUGUUAUCUGAGCAUAGGUUUAAUGCAACUGAAUUCAUCUUCCAAAAAACCAAAUCCAUUGUUGUUGAUUCAAUUCUGACUCAUUGGGACCCUGUAGUGAUAUUAAGCCCAAGGAGUAGGAAAAAAAAAAAAUUAUAAAAGAAUAUGCAUAUAGCUUGUUUCAUUUAGGCUUUCCUUCCAAGGAAAAUUAAAAAAAAAAAAAAUGAGCACAACAAUGUGUGCAUGUGACUUAAGAAUUUUAUUUCUGUUAUUGUAUAGGUAGCAGCGUAGUUUGGCAAGUUAUUGUGUAAUGAAAAAUAGGGUAAAACAUCCACCAAAAACUUUUAUAUAAAUGUUCAAAGUGAAAGUAUAUUUGUUCAGACUUCUAGAAAUAAAUAGUACAAAUAGUUUUUCACAAGUUUACCAGUGUGCCAUGUUUUAAGCUCUGUCAUUAAAUUUAUAAGCAGACUGUCAAAGAAACUGAAUUUCCCUUCUAUUGGGUAAAGUAUUCCUCAAGCAACUUCAGAUAAUAUUUCAUCAUAAUCUUCCUGGAGACUGGAUUUUUUUCUAAGUGAGAGUUUUAAAAGAUGAGACUAAAAAAAAAAAAAAAAACACCUGGGUUUUGACGAUAAUGAUGACAGGGACAGAUAGUGCUGACUCAUAAUUAUAUCCAAAAAGGUUUAGAAUUUUGCUGAUGGGCUUAGCUAGGUAGUAGAAAUAGGCUCUUUUCAUUUUUCUCUAAUUGAAGAAAGUUGCUUCUCCUUAUCUGUAUCGCUGAAGUGGAAAAUGCCUAAAAGUUAACAUAUAUAUGUGUGUGUUAUGUAACAAACAGUCUCGUUUGCUCACUUUCAGACUUACAAAGAAAAAGCUGCUUUAGUUUUGUGCGUCGUCUGAGUUUAGAACCCAAACAAUAGAGCAAUUUUUAAACAUGGAGAGUGGGCUUUUUGUGAGACCUGUUGCCAGUUUCACCUGUAUCACCAUCAUUGCUCGCAUUAAUAAACUGUCUAAGGUCAGGACAUGAGGCAUGGGAUCGUUACAUUUCCUUCUUCAUCUUCAUCUGGGUGUCAGGUAUUUUACCACCUACUAAAUAAUGUUGGACUUCAACUUGCUACUGACACAUUUUAAUAUAGUUGAUGAAACCUGCUUUUCUUUGUCAUGUGAAUAAAUACAUUCUGUGCUCUUUGUACUUCUUGGAUUGUAUAAGAGAUUAAAUGGUGAUAUGUAUAUUUUGUUGCUUGCAUCCGUAUGCAACUCAUGUAAUAUUAGUGCUUUGAUAAGAAUAAAACUUCAAAUGAUUUUGUAAUAAAGUUGGACUAGUGUUUAUCAAGAGUGGUUAUUUUUAUG